AACGUCACCAUUCCUUCUCUUGAGAAAUGCUGCCUGACCCGCUGAGUUGCUCCAGCAUUUUGUGUCUACCUACGAUUUAAACCAGCUGCUGCAGUUCUUUUCUUCACAUUGGCAAAUAAAUGUUGCAAACACUUAGAUAGGAUUGGGAGCCAAGAUGAAGAGGUAAAAAUAAACUAUUCUCCUUUUUCAAAAUAAAUGCAAAAAUAAUACCUGAGAAUAAAGAGAGCACAGAUCCAUUACCACUUUGCAAAUUCAGCACCUUCAGACUGUUCAAAGAAUUUCAGUCGGCAACUAGUGGGAUGCUGUUUUCGUAAAGCUUUAGACAGAAUGGAUCUCAAAUUGGUCUUUUGGAUGUCUAUGCUUAACCCUAACUCAUUUAAUCUCAUGCCUGACAAUGGUUUUAAAUAUGUAAUCAAGAGUGUCAUUAAUCUCAUAAGAAGUUUUUAGUUAUUUAUUUCCAGACAUUUCUGGGCCAACAGCUGAUUAUGAAAAUUGAAUCCUUAAUGGCGUUUCAUCUUCAAAGACACACCAACCACAACAGUUUUCAGCAGUCUGAAGAAGGGUCCCAACCCGAAAUGUCACCGAUCCUUGCUCUCCAGAGAUCCUGCCUGAACCGCUGAGUUACUCCAGCACUUUGUGUCUUUUUUUGUGAAUGAGCACCUUGUAUCCACAGUUUUCAGGUUCAAACCGUAGCUGCAGUCUGCAUAACACUAUGCUACAUUAGUCAUAACUGCAUUAGUCAGAAAAUGUUCACUAGCUUAAAAGAAUAAAUUUAACAAACACUAAUUAAAGAAAUUAUGUGAAAAGCUAAACCUGGGAUGAACAGAAAUCCCGUGCAGAACAAUCAGUCCAUUCAUUUAACACGAGCUGAAACUACUGCCAUCAUGUGGUCAUUAUUGAAAUUGAACAUUAAUAUUCAUCAUAUGACGUUGAUACCAGAGGCAUAAUUUCCAGGUUGAUUUAUUCCAGGUCAGUGGAUAUGCUGUAUGACUCUAUGAUUCAAUGAGAAUAAUAAUCUGCAUUUAAUACAUCAAAAUUACCAUUGCAUUACUGAACGAAUAUAAAAUGGGGUAUCUACAUGGCACAUACAUGUGAACAGCAGUUUUAAUACCAAAUUAAUGUUUUUUUUAUCAAAUGAGAAUUAGAGACUUGACCAUUUAUUAAUGCAGCUAAUAAAUUAAUUUUCUAGAUCUCAAUGAUUCUGGGAAUUUGUGCGUAAACAAAAUUGCUUUGAAGCGAUGAAAAACUGAAAUGGCUGAUAAGAAAUCAUGGUUAGUUUGUCGAAGCAGGGAACUGCAGAUGCUGGUUUACAAAUAAAGACACAAAGUACUGGAGUGGGCAAGCAGCAUCUUUGGAGAACAUGGAUGAGAGAUGUUUCAUGUCGGGACCCUGCUUCAAUUCUAUUAGCUGUUUUUCCAUGGCGGUGUGAAGUGUAGAUGGAGUCAAUGGUGCAGAGUCUUGGCUUCCCUACAGCUCUCCACAAUUUCUUGCAGUCUUGGGCUGAGCUGUUCCCAAACCACGCUGUAAUAUCACUUGUAUUUUGCAAUAUUUGUGUGUAGGAGAUCAUACGAUUAGUUUCUUAAGUUGUUUAACAAUCGAUGGUGCAGUACAAUACUAAACAUUCACAUCCAUCUCAUGGAACAAGUUCUGAAAUUUUCAAGGUAUUUUACAGUGGACCAGUAACAUGCGCAGGAAUAUAAAUCUGAAUAUAUCUAUAUUCGAACAUAUUCUCAAUAACUAUUGGGGUGCCUGUGUCCCUCUCGCCCCAUGUCCAAGGUGAACCAUUUCAUUUACAUUGAUUUUCAGUGAUCAUCAUUUAUUUUAGUUUAUUAUCACGUGUACUGAGGUAUAGUGAGAAGUUUUUUUGUUGCAUGCUAUCCAGUCAGCGGUAAGACUAUACAUGAUUACAAUCAAGCUGUCCACAGAUACAGGAUAAGUGGAAUAAUGUUUAGUGCAGGAUAAAGUCUAUUAAAGAGAGUUUAAGGAUGCCCAAUGAGGUAGAUGGUAGGUCAGGACCACUCUCUGGUUGGUGGUACGAUGGUUCAGUUACCUGAUAAUAGCUGGGAAGAAAUUGUCCCUGAAUCCGGGACAAUGGCAUUGAAAGCAGAAUGUGGAGUUAUGUGUUUUGAAACUUCUGUACCUCUUGCCUAAUGGGAGAGGGGAGAAGAGAAAAUGUCCAGGGUGAGACACAUCCUUGAUUAUGCUAGUAGCCUUGCCGAGGCAGCCUGAAGUGUAGAUGGAGGUUGGUGUACGUGAUGUUCUGAGCUGCGCCACAAUUCUCUACAAUUUAUUGCGUGCUUGGAUGGAGCUGUUCCCAAGCCAUGCUGUGAUGCAUACCGAUGAAAUCGUUUCUAUGGCACAUCUGUAGAAGUUGGUGAGUGUUGUUGGGGACAUGCCAAGCUUCCUAAGCCUUCGACGGAAGUAGAAGCAUUGGCGUGCUUUCUUGGCCAUUGUUUCAAUAUGGAUGGUCCAGGACAAUUUGCUAGUGGUAUUCACUCCUAGGAACUUGACGCUUUCAACCAUCUCUACUUCAGCACCACCAAUGUAUACCAGGGUAUGUGUACCACUUCGCUUCCAGAAGUCGAUCACAAUCUCUUUUGUCUUGCUGACAUAGACGGAAAGGUUGUUGUCUUCGCACCAGGUUACGAGGAUCUCAAGGAGAGGAUCCAGUUGCAGAGGUGAGUGCUGACUCCAAGUUCCACAAGUUUGGAGAUGAGCUUAGAUGGGAUAAUGGCAUUGAAAGCAGAGUUAUAGCUUAUGAAUAGAAGUCUGAUGUAGGUGCCUCUCUUGUCCAGGUAUUCCAGGGACGAGUGUAGGGCCAGGGAGAUGAUAUCAGCCGUGGACCUAUUGUGUCGCUAGGUGAUCUGCAGUGGGUCAAGGUUGCUUGGUAGACUGGAUUUAAUACAUUCCAUAACCAGCCUCUCAAAGCACUUCAUGAUGGUGGAUAUCAAAGCCACCGGACGGUAGUCAUUAAGGCAAGAGAUCUUGUUUUUUUUCGGCACUGGGAUGAUGGUGGUCUUUUUGUAGCAGGCGGGUUUCUCAGAAUGAGGAAGGGAGAGAUUAAAGAUGUCCGAGGAUACUCCCGCUAUCUGGUCUGUGCAGUUCAUAAGGACGUGGACAGGUACUCUAUCCGGGCAAGUUGCUUACUGUGGGUUACCCUCUGGUAGGCCGAUCUAACCUCUGCAACAAUGACCCUGGGAAGAGGCACACUUGAGUUUGGGAUGGAUGUCAUUGGACUUCUGCUCAAAGCGAACAUAGAAUGUCCUGCUAUUGCCUCUUGGCAUUCUUGAUGGCUUUGCAAAGAUCAUAGCGAGCUAUCCUGUACCACUUGGGAUUGUUUGAGUUGCAAGCAGCGGACCUGAUCUUCACCUGGGAAUUGUGAGGAAGAGCAGAUUUGCUUCUUCACUGUCAGGAAAAUGGGGACUUUGCGUUAAACUAUAGAUAGACACAAAAUGUUGGAGUAACUCAGUGGCUCAGGCAGCAUCCCUGACUAGGAGGAAUAGGGGACUUUUGGGUCAAACCCCUUCUUCAGACUGAGCGUCAGGGGGAGAGGGUUCCUUAAAACAUAGAAAAUAUCUCACGAGAUACCAGCAAACGGGUAAAACCUGCUUCAUUGAGCAGUAAAUGUGUGAAACUAGUCAGCAUUAAAUUCAGGUAGACCGUUCUCAAUAUAUUGUUCCGUAUUCCUGCAGAUUGCUUUGCCACCCGACAGGAGGUCAUCCAGUCUGAGAAGACCUCCCUCGGGUGGCUGUAGCCGGGAAUUGGGCAGAGGAGCUGCCAAUUAGAUCAGAUUGUUACCACCUCCCCAUGGGUGGGGGUUUGGCAGCUGCCCUGCAGUCCCUCUUGGACCCCAUGUCAAUUAAAACAUUUUCAAAUGCAUACGAGUGUUUUCUGGGCUGCAUUGAUCGUCCAUUGAUUCGAGUUAAUAUGGUUCACGGAAUAUCAUCUUGGACUGAUGCGUCGACUCUUCCCUCUCUCUAUUUUAUGCUUCCCUCCUUCAUUUUUCUGUCUUUCGUUCUUCCGUUCAUCAUUUCCAGUUGCUUAACAUUAGAUAUUGCUCACAAUCUCCUUUCUAUAAUCACCGUGGCUUAUCGUAAGAGGGCAGGGUUUAUGCUGAAGCUUGUUCAGCACAGCUCUAAUUUCCGAUCUCUCACAGUACUGAUAUAACUUAUUCUCAUUAAACAAUUCUGCAUUCCAUAGGUAAAAAAAUACCUUCCCAGCGCUGAACACCUUAUAAUAAACCCAAUUCCUUGUGUGGUUUGGAAGAGAAUACUCUCCCUCCACCCUCCACCACGAAGAAUUCCACCGUUAAGUAUCAUUUGGGGAAGGUUGCUGUAAAACAGCGGCGGGACCGACCGUGUUGCAAGUGAACAGUGUCUGUCUGUCUCUCUCUCCAGAAUGCAUUCACCAGAGGGCAAGCUCUCCACGACCAGCGCCGGAGUGGGCUGGCAGUGAUCUGCGGCUACAAUGUAUCGGGCUGCUGGCAACCCGGCCGCGCGUUGGUUCGCACACACUCCAGUGUAUCCGCUCGCUUUGAGCCCGGGCAAUGCUCGCCGGCGGCUGCAGGACUCGGCGCCUCUCAGCUGAUUCCCCAGCGCACAACCAACCGUGCAGCGAAGGCGCUCCGCUUCUCUGCUCCUUUACCUCCCUGCUCCACUCAACACCGACGCGAAGAGGAAAAUAAUAAAACACUAAAAAGCAACAACAAAAAAUAUAUAAUUGGAUUGGGAACUGAAAAUUGAAGGGAAGCAUGAGUGAAAGCCCCCGAUUGCUGCAGAGCUCUGCCGGUUGCAUAUUUGCACAAGCCCCGGGCUGGCUUUGCAGUCCACUGCAGCGGGAAUUUAAUGUCAAUCCGGGUUUCUCUUCAGCCUGUUGCGGUGCAGAUUUUAAUCAAACGCGGUCAAUGAUGUAAUGUUAGUGGAGAAUGCGCCUAGGCCAACUCUGUACACAGCACCACACAAGGAAACCAGAGAAGAUGUCAAGAAUGAUUGAAGAACGUGGGAGGACAGAAAAUAUCAUGGCCGAAAGAAGACAAUUGUUUGCAGAAAUGAGGGCCCAAGACUUGGAUCGGAUUCGUUUAUCUACUUAUAGGACAGCAUGUAAGCUUCGAUUCGUGCAGAAAAAAUGCAAUGUGCACUUGGUCGAUGUUUGGAAUGUUAUCGAGGCAUUCAGAGAAAAUGGACUAAAUACAAUGGAUCCGAAUGCUGAACUUAGUGUGGCUCGUUUGGAAGCUAUCAUCUCCACAAUACUUUACCAGCUGAACAAACGAAUGCCGACCACCCAUCAGAUAAAUGUGGAACAGUCCAUUAGUUUACUGCUGAACUUUCUGCUUGCUGCUUAUGAUGGUGAAGGCCAUGGCAAAAUAUCGGUUUUUGCUGUGAAAGUGGCGUUAGCAACAAUAUGUGGAGGGAAGAUUCUGGAUAAAUUGAGAUAUAUUUUCUCCCAAAUAUCAGACUCCAAUGGAAUAAUGAUACAUGCAAAGUUUGAUCAGUUUCUACGAGAUGUGCUAAAGUUGCCAACAUCUGUAUUCGAAGGUCCUUCCUUUGGGUACACGGAGCAAGCAUCAAGAUCAUGCUUUUCCCAGCAGAAAAAAGUGACACUAAACAGUUUUCUGGACACCUUGAUGUCUGAUCCCCCUCCACAAUGUCUUGUCUGGUUACCACUCAUGCAUCGUCUUGCCAAUGUUGAAAAUGUCUUCCACCCUGUAGAGUGUUCCUACUGCCACAGUGAGAGUAUGAUGGGUUUUCGAUAUCGUUGCCAGCAGUGUCACAAUUACCAGCUUUGUCAAGACUGCUUUUGGAGAGGCCAUGCAAGUGGUUCCCAUAGCAACCAGCACCAAAUGAAAGAAUACACAUCAUGGAAAUCCCCGGCCAAGAAGCUAACCAACGCACUUAGCAAGUCAUUAAGCUGUGCUUCCACUCGAGAGCCUUUACACCCUAUGUAUCCUGACCAGCCUGAAAAAACGCUAAAUCUCGCCCACAUUGUGCCUUCAAGACCUCCACCUAAUAUGAAUGACACAAUGUUCUCUCAUUCAGUUAUAACCUCAGGAAGCCCCGGCACUAACAAGAGCUUCCCUGAUGAGAUCAAUGAAGUAGAGCAGAACAAACAACUGGCUAGGGCUACUCCAGCUUUGCUGAGAGGCAAAGGGUUACAGUACAGCCUUGAUAUUGCUGAUAGACUGGGUGAUGAACAUGUUCUGAUUGGGCUAUAUAUCAACCUCCUUCUGAACAAUUUUCCACGUGUCCUUGAUAGUCCAAACCGAUUGGAUGAAGAACAUCGAUUGAUAGCAAGAUAUGCAGCACGACUAGCUGCUGAAGCAGCAUCUUCACAACAGCGCGCUCCCUCUGAUAUUACUUCUACCAUAGAUGCAAAUAAGCAGCAGCGGCAGUUGAUUGCUGAACUUGAAAACAAAAAUAGAGAAAUCCUGCAAGAAAUUCAGAGAUUGAGGCUGGAGCACGAACAGGCAUCUCAACCCACACCUGAGAAGGCACAACAGAAUCCAACCCUUCUUGCUGAGCUACGACUCCUCAGGCAGCGAAAAGACGAAUUAGAACAGAGGAUGUCGGCACUGCAAGAAAGCCGCCGAGAAUUAAUGGUUCAACUGGAGGGCCUGAUGAAGUUACUGAAAGAAGAAGAAAUGAGACAGGAAACUCAGGGAGCAGGAUCUCCUCGUUCAUCACCGAGUCACACCAUCAGUCGAUCUGUUCCUAUUCCAAUGCCUAUCAGAUCAACCUCUGCCUGUUCAACUCCAACUCAUACACCUCAGGAUUCGUUGACAGGGGUUGGAGGAGAUGUACAGGAAGCAUUUGCACAAAGUUCCAGGAGAAAUUUGAGAAAUAAUCUGUUAGUGGCAGCAGAUUCCAUUACCAACACAAUGUCCUCUUUGGUAAAAGAGUUGAAUUCAGCAGAGGCCGGCAGUGAAACAGAGAGCAAUGUGGACUCUGAUUUUGGUCGCACUCAUUUAGAUGACAUUGUUCCUUCACCAACUUCUGAGAAGGCCUUUCUUGCUCAGAUUAAUGCCAGAAAUCCCAGCUACAUCCACAGUGCUGCUGCAACAGGAACAAUUAGAAGUGAUAUUGUUACAGAAGAUGGUGAAUCUUAUGAUAGAACAGAUGAUGAAUGUUACGAAAAUGAAUCUGUCCAUCAACUUGAACAUGAGUUAAAGCUGGAAGAAUACCUGAAGCAAAAACUGCAGGAUGAGAAUUACCAGGCUAAUUACAGUCAAACUGAUGUUGAGAGCUACGUAAGAACUGACGAUGAUGAAAGCUGCAUACGGACAGAUGAUGAGGAAGGUCUAUCUUCUGGUUUCAGUCAGGAAUGGAAUGAGCACAUGAAGCGUCUCAUGACAAAAUAAGAAUUUUAUAAUUAGUGUGAAUAUUGUAGCAAAGUAAUUUUAAAGGUUUCUAGUUAGAUGUGUUGUCAAACAAUUCUUUUACUAAAAUCUGGGUUCAUCAGCAUCUUCUUUGUAUGGCUCAACUGAGAACAGAAUUUAAGACAACACCACUGUAAUUAUCACCAAGCUGAACAUAAAUGGUGUUGCUAUUUCCAAGAGGAAGCAGUGUUAAUAUUAAGAAAAUAUAUUCUUCACUUUUGUGAUCAAAAUAUUCUGUUUACACUUCUAAUAUUAAUACACUUUGUUUUGUUUCUAGCUGAACUGUGUAAUACUUUGACAAAGCAGUUACGUAUUUUUUCAACUGUGAUAAACCUAUUUUGGUGAAUUGCACUUAAAAAUCCAAUAUUAAGGAACUAAAUAUGAUUAUUUAUUCAAAAUUAUAAUGUCCCAUGAACUACUAAUUUUCAGCAUUUUUUAAUAAGAUGCACAUCUGUAAAAUAGAAGAACUGUGAAUAGUGUCAAGGACACUCUUAGUUAAUUCUGUUCUUGUACUUUGAACCGUAGGUGCCAAAAACAAACACAGUAACCAUGUUGAAAUUGGGUCAUUUUAACUUUUUUUUGUUAUUGAACAAUGGGUUAAGUAAUUUUUUAAACAAACAUGUCCAUUGCUAGUUUAGAUUACACUUUUUGUUUGUUUUCUAUUAUAUCACAAUGAACUCAAACAGAUUAGUAUUUACACAUUACUCUCUGUGCAUUGCAAAUAUUUAUGUUUGAAACAUAUAAUUUUGGUUGGCCAUCUGUGUAGUGUGCACAUUGUGAACAAAGAGUAGUUUUUAUCAAAUACCGCAGAGAAUUGCAAAUGUUAUAAAAAGAAGCAGUGUGAGAAUUUAGAGUUCAAGAGGCUUUGUGGCUUCAGUCUGACUAAUCUACAAGUUACAUAGGCAGAAGGUUGCAGAUACUGUACUCGCAAACACCAUUUAAUUUAAAAUUUGAAGUGUUUGUACAAAACAGCAUCUCCAUGUGAAUUGUCCCAAACCUAAACUUGCUUAAAGCUGAAUUGCUUUAUAAACUUGUUUUACUUAAUAAUAUCUGAUAUCUGUAAUUUACUUAGAAUUCUAUCAGAGAAGCUUUCUGGAAAGGAUGCCACAUUUAAGUGUACCAUAUAUUUUUAUUUGUAGUGUAGAUAAGUAAAAUGAUUUGAUAAUGACACAAGAGCAACACUGAAUAAUCUGUAAGCCUCACAAAACAUAUGUAUAUUGAAAGCUAAAGAAUUGCUGAAAAUAUCCAAGAUUAUUAUGUGGUAACCAUGAAUAUUAUCUUGAAAGCAUGUAAAAUAACAUGAGAAAAUCAUGUGAUUUAAUUGAUAUAAUCAGAUUAAACACUGAAAAGAAAUAUGAUUAUAAUUAUUGAUUUAAGUCAGAUAGUUUAUCUAAAGAGAAUUGAUGUAGAAUAGAGAUUUUUUUUAAACACAAGUGCUGAUAGUUUUCAGUUAAGGUUGAGAGUGUUGUAAGGGAGAAAGGCUUGGCAUGUUUCAGAGUUGCCCUGCACAAGAUUGUGGCCUUCACUGUGAAACAAAUUGUACUCUGUUAGUGCAUGAAGUGAAAACUUGUCUAGUUUUGUUUGUUGCACAGUACUAUAUCUUUUAUUAAUUUUGUCUGACUUUUUCCCCAGUUACAUAGGUUAAUUAAUGUAGAAAUAUAUUAUAUAUACUUAAGUCUCUGUUGCUGAAUUCAGAAUGGAUAAAAUUCAAUAAAAUCGCUGUGAAUAAUAACCAUUUUCUUUCUGUCCAAAAUAACGGGCAUUGAAUUUUCACCAAAAAUAUCUGACUACAUAAUGUUUGAACUAACCACAGCAACUGAAAUAUUUAGUUUCUCCAAAAGGAGAGGCUGUUACUUUGAAAGCACUAAAGACUCAAUGUAAAACACUGUUAAUGUAAUAAAACUACUGAUUUAUGUUUUGUGUUGUUAAGUAUUGUACCCAUACGUACAGUGUGUUGGAACAAGCUGGGGACUUGCCAUGUUUCAAGAUUGUUCAAGUAUUUAACUGUGUGUCUGUAUUUUGGAAUGGAAUAUUUCUUCAUUAAAGAGCGAAUUUCUAAAAAGGCUAGAAAUUAGGGUUCACCUAGAUUUCUUCCUUUGUCAUUUAUGUCUCGUUCUUCUGGUUUGGUAAUAUCAACUAUCUAAUUCUGACUGCUUUAUUGAAGGAUGUAAUGCAAAACUAUUACUGAAUAAGAUACAAUGUUUGGAAACCAG